CCUUUUUCGGUGUUUCUCGGGUUUAGAAACGUUACAUUGCACUUUGCCUCUUGUUGAUUGCGUGUAGUGUGAGCAUCAAACUUACGUAACGAAGGUCAUAUCAAUGAAAAGAGGGCUUCUUUCUUUUCAGAUGCCAGGUGUCCGAUACUUCCGGUGCCCAAGGUGUGCGUCCCACAUUUUUUCGUUGAGGGCACUAUUCAGGCACUUUCACUCAGUUCAUGGGUACGAAAGCAACUGGGUGUGCGGCCUAAGUGGCUGCAUGCGGACAUUUAAACUCUUCGCUUCCUAUAAAAAACAUGUGUACAGAAAUCACCCUGGAUCAGUCGAAAGAGAAAGAGCCGUGGGAGCGAAUGAACUGGUGGAUGCAGCACCGAGUGUUGGGGAUGCCUUUCAAAGUGAUGACGUUGGUGUACAGAGUAAUCCGGACGCAGAAGAAAGGCAAGAGGAGCUGCGUACAGAGACUUCACAAGUGUGUGAAUCCACCCAGGGUCCAAGCGGCUGUGUAAAGCAGCUGGCUCUCCUUCUUCUCAAGUGGAAAGAGGGAAGGCGACUUCCAGAAUCAACCUUAGAUGAAAUCACAAAUGAUGUGAUUUCUUUCGUAAAAUCCAUUUUGGAACAUAAACAACUCCAGCUCAACAACGAGGUGGCCGCCAACGUGAGGGAGCUAUUCUGUGUUGACGAACUGGACCGGCUACUGACGACAGCUGGCCGGAACGCGUUCUGGAGGACACAUCUUCCACUUGUUGAGCCCCGUACAGUAGUGCUAGGAACCAACAGCAAUGGAAAAGACGACACCAUGGAGUAUGUGCCGCUCUGUGAUCUCCUCACGUGUAUCCUUGAACAUCCAACCUUAUCGGGUGACUUUAAUGCUUACACAAAGGUUGACAACCAUAUGUGUUCUGUGUUUGAUGGCAGUGCAUUUCGCGACCAUGCCUACUUUGAAGGUGACCAUCACAAAAUCUGCCUGCAGUUAUAUACUGAUGAAUUUGAGGUGUGCAACCCUUUGGGCAGCAAAAGAGGAAAGCAUAAGAUGACCGCCGUGUAUUUCUCAGUGCUGAAUUUUCCUGCAAGGUUCCGCUCUGCGCUAUCAGGAAUGCACCUGGCACUUUUAGUGAAUGACCACCAUGUGGACUCCUAUGGUCUGCCUAAGAUUCUUGCACCUUUGCUUGAGGAUGUGAGCAGAUUAGAAACUGAAGGCAUAGUUGCAAACGGAAAAGUGAUGAGAGGGUCAGUCUUUGUUUUGACUGGGGAUAAUCUGUCGAGCCAUAGAAUGGGAGGCUUUAAACGUAGUUUCAACAAAGGUAGGAUUUGCAGGUUCUGCAUGGCCGUGCACUGUGAAAUCAACUACAAGCACCUGGAGACCGAUUUCGUGCUGCGCACACCGGAAGGUCACGAGCAUCAUAUGAACAUGUUGAAGGCUGGACUGCCAACUGCAUCAUUGUAUGGGGUCACUGCAGCUUGUGCUCUUACAUGCCAGGGGUUCAAUGCCACACAGCAUUUUCCGCCUGACGUUAUGCACGACUUGCACGAGGGUGUUAUACCAUUUGCACUAAGACACAUCAUUUCUUCCUUAAUAUCACAAGGACUUUUUACUCUUGCACAGUUAAACAAGGAAAUUAGUGAGUGGAAUUAUGACCCUUGUGAUGCGCGAAAUAAGCCAGAGCCUAUUUCUAGUGAAUUUCUUAAAGGAAAGGCAACCAUGAAAGGAUCAGCCACGCAGGUCUUUUGCCUAUUUCGUCAUCUAACCUUUUUCGUUGGCGAAUGUGUUCCAACAGAACACGAAGUAUGGCAACUUUACUUGCUUUUUCGCGAAAUCAUGGAUAUCAUCAUGAGCCGGAAAAUCCCAGUCUCGCACAUUGGCUACCUGCAAAGGAAGAUUCAUUUUUUUUGUCUCGACUUCAAGACAUUGUUCCCAUCUGUUAAAGUUCCUUGCAAAAUGCACUACCUUAUUCACUAUCCGUCGUGCAUGGAAAGGUUUGGACCAUUAGUUGAACUUUGGGCGAUGCGCUUCGAGGGAAAGCACCAAUAUUUCAAAGACAUGGCUCGUAAAAUCCGCAACUUUAAGAGUCUUUCGCACAGUCUAGCAGUGAGGCAUCAGUUUUUGCAGUGUUUCUCUUUUGCAGCUGUUGGUGAGAAGAGCGUUCCCAUCACAACAGGUUGUCGCCCCAUACUUUGUGAACAUCUUCCUGAAUGCGUCAAGGAGUUUAUCUCUCAGCAUGAUCUUGAAACUGUUGAUUCAUUCGUAGCGAACUCUGUGAGCAUAGAAGGCAGGGUCUACAAAACAGGAUGUGUUCUUGUCCAAAGUGUUCCUGACGAUGCUCUGCCCGAAUUUCUGCAUAUAUGUCAAAUUUUUUAUGUUAACAAAGUGCUUUUAUCUUUGGGGAAUGUGCUUGAGACAGUCCGGUUCGACGAGCACUUUCACGUCUAUGUUGUCCGUGCGACGCAAGAAUUCAAAGUUGUAACAUCACUUACAGACUGUACAACAGAACCAUUAUACAUGCGGGAGCACAAAGGACAGACUGUUAUAAGCGCACGUCACUCAUUGCUAUGAGAUUUCAUGGAUCAUUGAAUGGUAGCCCACUCAGUUCUGGUGCUCUCUGCAGAAACUAGCUAAACAACGAUGAGAGACAGUCGAAAAACAGGCAGUGAAAACAACUGUCACCUUUUCUCAGUUGACUCUUGCUGCGAUAACUGGUUGGACAACACACACUGAGUAGAAUUAGCUUUUUGAUUGUUUAAAAUGGUUGGACAAGACAGCUUAUUUUUCUUGGUUUUUUUCUUUUGAUAAAUGUAAAAAUAGAAUGAUGUCACUGUCGACAGUAAAGUCAAAUGUCUCCUUUUUUCUCCUGGUUCUCCAGAUUUUGUGUGAUCUACACCAGGAUACUGCAUUAGCCCAUAUUUUAGGAAGUCUUAUGUCUCGGACUGGUUUUUUAUGGGUUCUGCUUCUUUAUGUGUGUGAGUUCUUGUGCAUGUCGUCAUAUUUUCAAAUCAAUAUUUUUCAUAGGUUGACAUGGUAAUGUGACAGGUUCUGGCAGCAUGUCAUGAAUAUUUGUCAAACAUAUUAUAUUUUGAUUUCAUGUUGUGUUGUCAGAAGUAAACUGGAGACUGAUUUUCUUACUGCUACACUUCGAUCAAUAAAUAUUUGUAAAAAAUGAUA